AUGAUCUCUAUAUUUACCGCAAUUUUCAGGGCUGCUUUGGUCAUGCCCAUAGCCGAGGGCAUCAGCCAGCUCAAAUGGUACUGGUUCGGUGGAUCCCGGCCUCUCAUUGAUCUCGAACGCUUCGACGCCGCAAGUAGAGGCCCUGCUGGGUCUCUGUUCCUGCUCUUUGAUGCCAGAAAACACUACCUCGCCAGUCUGGGGUCUUUCAUCAUGGUAGCCGCUCUUGCGGUCGACCCGUUUUCUCAACAAAUCAUUCAGUAUUUUGACUGCAUGCAACCUGACUCGAGCGUCACUGCAAGCAUACCAAAGACAAAUAGGUAUUCGACUGGCGGCAUGCAUACUGGUGCAGGCCAAUCGACGCUUGAUGGGCCAACUCAAGUGGCAGUAAUGAUGGGGCUCCUCAACCCGCCGGACAACUCCUCCACGAGCAUAUCAGUGGAUUGUCCAACCGGUAAUUGCACCUUCCCUGCUGAUGAUGGUGCAACAUUCUCGACAUUGGCCAUGUGCUACUCUUGCACCGACAUCUCUGCAUCCGUUUCCGUAAACGACACGGAGGUCCCAACAAACUACACCCUUGCAUCCGGGGCCUGGGCCGGUCAGCAAGUACUCGCUUCUACCAGUACCGCCCGCAGCUCAGACUAUGGAGAUGCAGUAUAUACGUUUGAGGCCUUGAUGCUGAAUUACGCUAGCAGCUGUAAUACAGACGAGUCAGAGGCGGCCUCAACGACGGAGUGUACCUACCCAGAAACCCCCUUUGCAGUCCGCUGCUCCCUUCUUCCCUGCUUACAGACGUACGGAGCGAACGUAACCCAAUCCACAUACAACGAAACGCUCAUUUCCUCAACCAACCUCCCUCAAAGUUUCUCCAGCACCAACGCCUACAUGUGGUCCCUUGCGACCGAUUCGGUCUUGCAGAAUGGCACCUGGAGCAGCUGCAACGCCAGCACCUCACCCAGCUCCACCAACACAGUCGCGGUAGAGACUACAAACAAAACAUCAUUAGAGGGAAAAGCAACCGACGUCUCGUACUACCCGGAUACCUGCAUCUGGGCCUACAACCACUCCGCCGCGAACCCACUGCGCAUCUUCCUCGCCAACAUGUUCAUGGACAACAUGCUGCAGUUCUACGCCACGCCCGCCGCCACCGAGGGCGACCUGUGGCUGGAAAACCUGUACCGCAACGGCACGGCCGACAUGGACAGCGUGAACAAGUACAUGGACGGCCUGGCUACCUCCCUAUCAGCGAACAUCCGCACGCGGGGCGAUGACACGCUCGGCUCAGGCUACGCAACCGGCACGCCGAUGGUGUCGAAAACGUGCGUGCGCGUGCGAUGGGGAUGGAUCGCGUUGCCGGCGUCGCUGUUGGCGUUGGCGCUGGGGUUUCUGGUGGCGUUGAUGGUGGUGGUGCGGAAGUGGGAGGCGGAGCAGGGCCACCGGGUCGGGGCUUGGAAGUCUUCGGCGCUCGUGCCCCUCUUCCACGGGCUGGAUGACGAGACGAUCGAGAAGCAUCGCCAGAGCGCGAGGGGAGAUGCUGCUGUUGCUGAUGAUGGCUUCUCGUCGGCGAUCUCUCGGCAUGAGAUGCAGGAUGUUGCACGGCGGAUGCGGGUGCAGCUGCGCUAUGAGGGGGAUGGGUUGAAGUUUGUGGAUGCAUUUUCGGAUUCUGAGGUUAAAGGCAAGCCGGCUGAGGAGCCGAUUGAAUACGGGAUCAUCGUUCUCGGCCACUAUCUUGGAUCUCACACAGCCGAGAUGUCGACGAACCAACCUCCCAGCCAUGGGGCGGAUCCUGUGGAGAAGGAAGCCGGUGUCUACUCGGAUCCGAAGAACACGAGAGAGCAUACGGAAGAUACCAUGGUGGAACUGCGAGAAGCCUACGUCAAAAGCGGGUUCAUGGGCAUGUUCCAGUCCAAAUAUGUCGUUCUUUGCGCAUUCGUCGUUCGUCUCGGAGGAUUCCUCUUUGGAUACGACCAAGGAGUAAUCUCCAUCAUCCUCGUCAUGGACCAGUUUCUUGACCGCUUCCCACGAGUUUCUGACACUGCGAGUGGAGGCGGUUUCUGGAAAGGCUUCAUGACUGCAAUGAUCCAGCUCGGAGCUUUGAUUGGUGCAAUCAACCAGGGUUGGCUCGCCGAAAGGAUUUCCCGCAAAUACUCCAUUGUCGUUGCCGUUGUCAUCUUUGUUAUUGGCUCCUCCAUUCAAACCGGCGCCGUCGACUAUGCGAUGCUCGUAGUCGGCAGACUGAUUGGCGGCAUUGGUGUCGGAAUGCUCAGCAUGGUCGUCCCUCUCUAUAUCUCCGAGGUCUCUCCCCCAGAGAUCCGAGGCUCCCUUCUCGUCCUUGAAGAGUUUUCCAUUGUCUUCGGUAUCAUCGUCGCUUACUGGAUCACCUUCGGUACACGCUACAUCGACAACGAGUGGUCCUACCGCCUCCCCUUUCUGCUUCAAAUCUUUCCGGCUCUCCUCCUGGGGGUAUCGGUCCUCUGGAUUCCUUUCUCGCCGCGGUGGCUUGCAUCCAAGGGUCGCAAUGAAGAGUGCCUUGCCGCGCUCUGCAAACUGCGUAACCUGCCUGCUGACGAUCCACGCGUGCAGGCCGAGUGGUUAGACAUUCGCGCUGAAGUGGCGUUUCACCGCGAGGUGGCAGAGAAGAAGCAUCCGCACCUGUUUACGCAAACGGCGCGGAGCGCGUGGGCGAAAGUGAAGCUGGAACUGACGUCGUACCUGGACUGCUUCAGGCAGGGCUAUUGGCGCAGGACGAUGCUAGGCAUCAUGAUAAUGUUCUUCCAACAAUUCGUAGGUAUCAACGCCCUCAUCUACUACGCGCCGUCGCUUUUUGAAACGAUGGGGAUCGGAUAUGAUAUGCGGUUGGUCCUUGCGGGUGUGUUGAACAUUACUCAGUUGGUGGGAGUGUCGACGAGUCUAUACACGAUGGACGCGUAUGGUCGUCGGCCGUUACUGCUGUUCGGGAGCGCGUGCAUGACGGUAUGCCACCUCAUUAUUGCAGUGCUGGUCGGAUUGUACUUCAACUCGUGGGAGAACAAUAAGGACAAAGGCUGGGUGGCAGUUGCGUUCCUUUUCGCAUACAUGCUGGUAUUUGGCAUGACUUGGGGCCCGGUGCCAUGGGCAAUGCCGAGCGAGAUCUUCCCGAGCUCGAUUCGAGCAAAGGGUGUAGCAUGGAGCACAUGCUCUAAUUGGUUGAACAACUUCAUAAUUGGGUUGAUUACGCCACCACUGAUCCAGAACACGAAUGGUUUUGGGGCCUAUACUUUUUUUGCAGUGUUCUGUUUGAUCAGUUUGAUUUGGUCAUACCUGUGUGUCCCGGAGACGAAAGGUCGAAGCCUGGAGGAUAUGGACCAUGUAUUCAAGGACAGAACGGGCACAGAAGAUAGAGUGCGCAGGAGGGAAAUUGCUGCGGAGUUGAAGGAGAGGGAUACGCUGGGUGCUGGGGUUGCUGGCCUCGGCGAUUCUGCGAAUGUCAUCCGACUUGAAUUCAACCUCAAAGAACGAGGUUACGUGUUGAUGCCCAGGAUCAAGAUGAAGCACGAGCUGCUCGGUACCCCUCGAGAACUCCUUCUCAGUCUGCGCUCCUUAUCUCAGACUACGAACUUCGAUGUCUAUCUCAAGCGAAACACCUACUCACAGGUGGCCCUCAGCGACUUUUCCACAGCUGCGCUUGAGGGUUCCGUUCGCACCCCGCAACUUCGUCCCAAGUCCAUGUACCAAGGCCGAGGCGCAAAACAGGAUGCAUGGGAGCUUUUCGACCUACACGCCAAGGAUGCAGAGCCCGAUGUCAAAAAUUGCUUGGAAGCGAGAGCGGACGACAGCGACCGAGAAGGAAGCGCACCGCCUGCGUAUAAAGAAGCUGUCAGGGAUUCGACAAAAGCAAUAGAGAAGCCGACUCAGGAUUCCGUUGCGCAGGACCUCGCGAAAAAGGCAUCGGAAGCACCGCAGACGCCAGAUGAUUUUGCUCGAAGAAGUGUAUCUGUUGUAGAAGAAACACCACCUGCAACGGAACUUCUCCCAGAACCCGUCAUCGAGCAUGCGUCACGGAAACGAGCAUUCGCGGAGGCGGAGAGCCCCACUGCAUCAGACAACGAGGCUGAAGCAGAGCUGAGGAAGAAAGGCUCGAAGAGUCUAGUGCAGCUUCCGUUGUUUGCCGAUGGCUCGUCCCCAUUCCCAGGAUCGCCUCCGUUGAUAGAGAGGCCGCAUAGCUCACCGCCAACGUCCGACAGACUGGGGACUCCCCAAAGCGUUGGUUAUGUGCGAUCGAUCGGGCCUUCCCAGGAAGAUUUGAGCACCGAGGAUCUGCUCCGUGAAAUCGCCACCUGGAUGCAAGAUGGAUGGACGGUCGACCAGAACGUGCACCAGAAACUCCUCCUUCCGCUUCUCGCUUUAGGAUACUACGCGCACCAACGCAAUAUACGAGACUUCGAUCUUGCGAAAGGCCGGUGCACGUCCCUGCUUUACAUCCGCGUUGCUACUCAAGGCGUUCGAGAUGCUGUUUGCCUGCCGCACCAUCCGGCUGAAGCGGACAUCGAUGUAGAGGAGGACAUGGCUCACUUGGUAGCCUGGGCAAAUGGUUCCGUAUUUCGUGGUACCGAGAGCGUGCUGCGAGAGGAGACGGCUCUGCUUGGAGCAGCAGCAGCUCGCGUCUGUGAUGGCGGUCUCGCGGCUAGGGAGGAAAUCUCGUCUCACGUACAAGAGGACAAAGCAGCACUGUUACCAAUUAUCGAAUCGCCCUUGAAAUACGCCCAAGGAGAUGACCCACGGUUCGGCUUACGUGGGGAAUCGAACAACAUCGAGCUCUUCUUCGACCUCUUUCUUAUUGCCAACCUCGCGACGUUUACCUCGACACACUCGAUUACGGAUACUAGCACGCUCGUAGCAUAUAUUGGUCUCUUUGGCAUAAUUUGGUUCACGUGGCUGCAAAUCACCUUGCACGAUGUGAGAUUCGCGGUGGACUGCGGUUAUGAGCGGGCUUGCAAGGUGAUACAAUUCGUCAUUUUUGUGGGAUUUGCUCUUGUGGGGUCGUCAUUUCAUCCAGGCGGAAAGGAACAUAACAACAAGAACUUCCGCAUUUUAUGCAUCAUGCUCUUUAUGAGCCGCCUACUGCUGGGGUUCCAGUACUCGGUUGCUCUCUUCUUCAUCCGACGGAAAGUAAAGGGGCUUAGCUUCCCGCUCGGCCUCAUGAUUACCACAUUUAUCCUAUGCGGCGGCGCUUAUUACUCUAUGGUACCCGCCUUCUCAGAAGAAUCUGGCAACGGCCUGGGCAUCUACUACGUAUGGUAUAUAAUCAUCGGGAUCGAGGUGGCCAUCGUCAUUGGCACUGCGUGCGUGUGGCGAAAGAUCAGCUUCAAGAAAACCCACCUGAUGGAGCGCAUGGGGUUGCUGACGCUCAUCAUCAUCGGUGAGGGAGCUAUCGGUGUGACCAAAACAGUCGCCAAGCUCAUGAGCAAGUCCGGCCUGACAUUCGACGGCUGCUUCCUGGUCAUCUGCAUCGUCCUGAUCCUGUUCUUCCUCUUCCUGAUCUACUUCGACAACACCCCAGCCACGCACAUCGGCUCCAUCCGCCAACUCGCGUGGGUGGCGCUGCACUUCCCGCUGCACCUCUCGCUCGUCGGCACCGUCGAAGGCUCGCAGCAGAUCGCGCUGGCGCGCUCCGUCUUCGCGCACUUCUCCUCCUUCCAGGACGCCGCCGUGACGGCGUGCCUCACACAGCACCUCUCCGGCUCGGCGCUCGCGGACGCGCUGACGGCCGCCUUCAAGCCGUUCAAGCUCGACCAGAAGCUCGAGAGUGCGGCGCAGGUGCCCGUCAUCAUGGAGAGCAUCGCGGCGGCCGGCAACGCGACGGGCGUCUGCUCCGUCGCGAAUACGACGAACGUCGAUAUGCCCGAGCUCGUGCGCGACGUCGUGGGAGACGUGCUGGGCGGCUUGUUCGAAAGCACGGGCGUGACGCCGCCGGCCGGCGAGGAUGCGUACAGCAGCGCGCGCUCGGCGUACUCGACGCUCUACAUCUACUACUGGGGUAGCGUGUUCAUUGCUAUGGUGUCUUUUGCGGCCAUCUUCUGGAUCAUGGCGUCGUCGAGAUGGCAUGGGGGUGAUGGUGGCAAGAAGAGGUUGGAUUUGUUUGAGAAGAUGGCCUUGGGAUCGAGGGCGCUGAUUGCGGUUGUGGCUGCGGGGCUUGGAGCGGGAGCCGCGAACCACAUGUUUAUCUAUAAUUUUCUGAAGAGUCCUGCUAUCCUGCCCGUUGUGGCGGGGCUGUUGGCAGCUGUGGUACUUCUUGAUAGAUUGGGCAGGUGGAUUGUUUUUCGGCAAAGAUACUGA